GGGCUUAGUUCGCACACCUUGUUGGCGGUGACUCUGAGAUGUCGAUUUCGAGUAAAAUCUUCUUUCCGCACACACGAUGCACAUUGUACACAGAUUUUUCAAACAGCGAUUUAGCUAAAUGAAAUAAUCCAUGGAUAUUCUGUCGGAUGUAAUGAAGGGGCUGCCAUGGUUUUAGUUGCAUCAUGCUUCCUCCUAAUGCAUUCGUUGGGGUUUGGAGUCAAACGAGAUGAUGGUGUUCUUGCAUGGAUUGUAGUUGCUGGUCUUUCAUUAUGGUGGAGUCCUAUUACGAAAGGUAUAGUGCAAGCUGAAGGAAUAACUUUGAAACUUGUGGACACAGGAUCUAAAGAAGUUUUGGAGUGCUUCAUUCAAAAUAAUAAAUCACAAGCAACACUGAUCAGAUGGGUGAAGUAUAGCGACUCCUUCACACCAAUCCUGGUCUUUCAACAAAUGCAGCAUUACCCAGAAUUCAUUAAGGAAAGUUACGUUGGACGUGUUCGAUUAGUUAACCAAUCAUCUCUAGAAUUGUCAAAUAUUCGAAGUUCUGAUGAAGGAUUAUAUGAGUGCAGCAUUACAUAUACUGAUGGUAGUGGAGAAGAACUGACUCACGUCCACCUCAAGGUUAAAGCUAAACCAUACAUCAUUUCGAGCUCUCCAACUCAGCUUCAUCAGCAGCUAGGGGCCACAGUCCAGCUCUACUGCCGAGCUAAGGGUACACCGGAACCAGAGGUUAUAUGGUCCAAAAAUGGCAUUCCACUGGUCAACUCCAAACGGGUCACCAUUGCACUGGACAAGGAGUCGGUUGAAAUUCGUGACCUUCAGCGAUCUGAUGGGGGCAUCUAUACCUGUAUUUUUACUAACUCUAUGGGUGCAGUGUCUCAACGAAUUGAUCUCAUUGUAGAAGGUGCUGCUUACAUUUUAAAUGCUCCAUCAAAUUUGACAACUCUGGAGGGGCAGAGAAUUCAGUUUACAUGUGGUGCUGCUGCAUUCCCAAACAACAUCACAUACCGGUGGUAUUUCAAGAAUCGCAAUGUUCUAAGUUACAAUGACAGCCGGAUAUCUGUGUACCCUGAUGGGAAGCUAGUGAUAUCACCCGUGUACAAAAAGGAUAUGGGCUGGUAUAUGUGUCGUCCUAGCAAUGGUGUGGGAGAGGACCCAGAAGCGCCAGCAUUCCUUAAUGUCACAUAUGCUCCUAAGAUUUUAGUAGAUCUAAUGCCUGCACGGGUAACCUGGGCAUUGGGAUACCAGGAGCACUUGGACUGCCCAGUGGAUGCCAACCCACCAGUCAGGGAAUUCAGCUGGAAGAAGAACACCUAUUUAGUGUCCUUUAGCUCUGAUCACAUCACCCUUCUGUCUAAUGGGUCACUACUUGUCAAAAGUGUCCAGCACUCAGAUGCUGGUGCCUACAGCUGUAUGCCAGUCAGCUCUAUUGGAAAUGGUCCAUCUUCUCCUCUCAUGCAAGUCAUUGUGCAAGAUCCCCCAAGGUUUAUCUUCCGUCCAGAACCUCAGUACCUCAGAAUCCCAGGACAAGACGUGACAAUGAUUUGUGGGGCCACAGGUAAACCCACCCCCAGAAUUCAGUGGAGAAAGGUAACAGGUGUUCUUAAGUUGUCAAAUGGUGGGCGUGUGAAGUUAAAUGGUGGUAAUUUAACUAUCACUUCACUGAGGAAAGAGGAUCAUGGCAGAUACGAAUGUCAGGCUGAAAAUGAGGUCAAAACUAUUGUCAGGGGUACAGACCUAAUCAUACAAAUGACCACUCCACACGCUCCAUACAAUGUCACAGUUGUUCCUGAUUGGUUCAGUGCUAGAGUUAGUUGGAUCCCAGCUUACAAUGGAGGCAAUGACCAGUUUUUCCUGAUAUGGUAUCGUAGUGUGAAUGGACAGGUCUCUCAGUGGUCUACAAUGCAGGUGAUUCCAAAGUCUGCCACAGUCUUUACUGUGUACAGUCUGUCACCCGACACAAUGUAUGAGUUCAAAGUCCUGGCCAGAAAUGAACUGGGAACUGGAAACUUCAGUGAAAUUGUACAAGCCAGAACAAAAGGAAAUGCAACCACAACCACACCAAGACCACCGGGAGAUGAAGCCAUAUUGCCCACAGCACUGCCUACAGAUUCGUCUGGUCAGACAUAUUAUCCUAUAAUUAACAAAAACAUUGGUGUUCGGCCUCCACCUCCGAGGAAUGUGACAGUCCGAAUUGAAGGCUCCAGCAUUCGAAUCCUGUGGCUGCCUCCUCACACCAACAUGACUUUGUACUACUACAUAACAGAAAAGUCAGUAGAUGGUCAGAAGUGGGAAUCCUUUGAUGAGAGAAUUAAAGUGCCUUACACAUUCUUUGUCUGGCGAGACGCACACCCAAGUGUGGAGUACUAUUUCCGAGUGUACUCUUACUCUCUGACAGCUUACAGUGUCCCUAGUGGCGUUGUCAGGAUUAUGACACCUCCUGCAGAAAUUUUUGGACAGAGUGGACAAUAUGUUAGCCUAACCACUGAGAGAUUGACCACAAUAUCUCCCCAAUCAAACAACGAGUCUGGAUUUUUCCUGUCACAGGCUGAGAUUGGAGGAAUUGUGGGAGCCCUAUUGUUCUUGCUUAUUACCAUUCUCCUAGCUGUUGUUGGGAUCAUCUGCAACAGGAAAAGACGCAAGCCCGACAAGUUUGGAAACGUGAAGUAUAUUGGACCUGCAGAUGAACUAGACUCCCGUCCACAUUACAGAGGUGAAAAUUCAGCAGAAUGGAGUAGCAGGCAAUCACCACCACCGUCAUCAUCAGGAGGAGGAGCUAACUCUUUGAGGCGAAUCCCCAUUGCUAACGGAAUAUACAUCCUGCCAGAUACCCAGGAAAUCCACAGAGAGCAGGAUAUGAUACCCCAGGAAUACAUAGCUGAGUCUCAGCUUUAUGAUCCCCAUCAAUACAUGUAUAACUCUGAUAAAGGGCACCUGCUCCCCAGUUCAGUAGGUCAUGACCCUGGAGACUGGGAGGGAAUAAAUGAUCACCUUGAGAGAUCAAGACUUGAUUCUAAAAACACUUCACAUAGUGCAUGGAAAAAUCCGGCCAAAGGGAAAUACCCACUUUAUUAUAGUUAUUACAGUGACAAUGAAUCUAGCUUUCAGUCUCCUACCUUUAGGGGAGAUGAUCAUACUUAUGUUAAUGUGCCAUCCCCUCAUUCCAUUGAACAACAAGUCCCAGACGCUUCAUUUCAUUCUCAUCCUCAUUCAUCAGGCUACCAUGGUAGUUACGUAGACGAAGAUGAUGAAAAUGGUUUUGUACCAAGGAGACCACCUCUUCCAAAAGAAUACCGGAAAAUAGCCUCUGGAAGAUCCAUUUCUGUGAAUGAUCCAUUGUAUGAAAAUAUAAAUUCGUCUUUUGCUGAUGAUGUGUUCUUGCCCGUAACUCAAGAAUUUCCAGGUAGACAUUCACUGCCUAGACACAGCUCAAUGAAGCCCUCGUAUCAGACCUACCUGAUUGGGGACCCUGUGGAGGACGAUGGAGGGUUCACCCAACCAUUUGGUGCUGAUGACAUUUCCUCUGUGUUCCCAUCUUACAUUGAAUCAUUCAGUGGUGCUAGAGACAGGUUUACAUACUCCCCCAACAAUGAAACUAGUUCUAGAACUUUACUAGAGCAACCAAAUUGGAGUGGUGGAGAAGUGAAGGGUUAUCCAUUAUCUACCAGUGAACGGUAUUCAAGACCAAAAGCAAGAGGAAGUGACAGACCCAGAUCACAUUCCAGUGGUGCUGCUUUUGAUAGUUCUUUACAUUCCUUUGUUCCUAAUCAGUUAGACUACCCAGGAAAUAAUACAGUGGAGCAGAUAGCUCACACAUCCCCCAGCAAUAGGUUGCCCAGAAAGGACUUUUCCUUUGGUCCUUCACAAUAUACUAGGGACCAACUUCAGGGAGCUGUUGAAAAGAUUCGUAAAGGUCCACGAGCUCGGAGAUCCAAGUCUGCUGGGCGUCUUCCAUCUCAGGAAACAAACUUUUCGUCUUAUUCUCCACAAGUUGUUCCAAAUCUCAGCUUUUCUCCAACAUUGAGCUCAGGCUGUGACCAAUAUGGUGAACAUCCUCGUCAAAGAUACUCUCAUGAAAUAGCUCCUUUUAAAGGGGAAAGGGGUAGUCGAUCAAGUGUGAACAGCUCUGGUCGAGGGAGCAUGGGGGGAAGGCAUCGUUUUCCAACAGAACCUCGUUCUUUCGCUCCAGAAGACCUCACUCCUGAUUCUGUUAGUAGUGGGAGGGGAAGUCGAAAUGCGUCUCAAGUUACAGGGUCAUCUCAACAUUCCCGCAUUCCUCAAAAUUCUCUCAGUUCAUAUGCCUCGCCACAAGAACAUGACCUCAGUCAAGACUCAUCUCCAUUCCUUGAUGCUACUGGAAGUUUGCAAAAGGAUACCUCUGCAGAUGAUAACUAUGAGUUUGACUCACUGCAAGCUCUUGAGGCUGAUCUCAUUAACACCCUCCGUAGCUAUCCAUUAGCCAAUCAAAGUGAGGAUCUCAGGAUGGCUAUUGAGAGUGGCUUGAACACAUCUGACUUUUAUGAUAAUCUUUAUCCCAAGCCAAGUGUUGAAAGUCAGUACGACAAUUCUGAGGCUAGAUUUGAGAAACUGCGCCAAGAAUUUCAUCAGUUCCGUCGAAAACAACAAGAAAUUUUUCAACAGACACGUCUGGCCAUGGAUAGCGAUAUGCUGUAAUUUAAUUGCAUUCCAUUUCCAUUUAUUAGGUGAUAUAACAAUUUAGUUUUGUUUUAGAAAAGACAAACUGUAUCUUAAAUGAACAUUGUAUCUACACAUGAGUUCGUGAGAAAAUUGAAUUUUAUGUUUGUGUUCUUAACUGUAGCUUGUUUGUGGAAUUGAAUUUAGUUUACAAGUUUUGACUGCUUUAAAACGUAAGUUGUGUGCACGUGUGUGUUAAUAUUCUAAGAAAUUCUAUUCAUUUCUGCAUUAUGUUGCUUGACAUCUCGGGUAGUUCAAGAUGUGGGAAUUCCAACCCUUUCAUUUUGUUUUUUGUGUACAUGCACACCAGAGAUAUCCAUGACUGAUGUUGAAGCACCUGUUUGACACUGGCUUUGUUGUUUGUUCUGUCUGUGUACACUGUUUAUUGUUGGAAGUUGUUUAAGGAACCAAAGUUGUAAGAAUUCCAUUCAAGUUGAUAUAAUUAUUCAAACAUAUCAUAACUAUUCAUUAUUAUAGAUUUUUGUUAAUUUCAAUGUGUGAUCUUUUCCUUAAAAUUCUAUAAACAUCUUGAAGAAUUUUAUUUGUAUAAUUGAGUGAAUGAAAAAGUUGAUAUUUGAAAGCGAUCUCUACUUGUUAUACCAUUUACUCUAAAUCUGUUUUACCAUUUACUGUACAUUAUUUAUCAAAAACUGUAGUGCAAUACUUGUUUUGUAGUGGAAAUAAUGGCAAAACUAGUUUUUCUCUUUUCUAUUAAUGGCAUUUAUUUAAUGAUACCAAAUGCAUUGGGCAGCUGUUUCCAUUACUGUUAUGUAUAUCACAAUUUGUUUGUGCUUUUAUCGUAGAGUUUUAAUAGAAGUGGUAUUUAAGGUAUCUGAAACACAAUAUAUUGUACUCUAGUGGAAUCUUCACAUUUUAGACUUGGAACAUAAGUGAAUAAAUAAAAAAAAUUCAUGCAUCUUUUCACCAGGGGCCGUCUUGAGAAAUUGUCAUUUAUUGAAAAUACCUAAAAUAUGUAUUUCCUGUAAGGCUGAAUGUUAAAUUAAUAAGCCUAUAUUUUUAAAUUUUAAAAAAUCUCUUGAUGAAUUACUUUUUGUUGAUCUUUGACAUAGAACCAAGGGUUUUAAUAUCUUGUUUUCCUUUGAUGAAAACUUUCUCGAGGUAAUUGUGCUUCAGAUACCUGAAGAUGAGCACUUGUUUAUUUAAUAUUUAUUGGGGUUUUUUUUGUCUUUAGAAUUUGUCACCUAUUUUUGACAAGUACAUAUCUAUUAUGAAUGUAUAAUUGCAUUUUUGGUAUAAAAUGAAUGAUGUAGAAAUGAAAUGAGUGAAUCGAAAGUGAUAUUUGAAGAUUGAAUGAAUGGAGAUGUUUGCAUUUAAUGCAAUAUGAAUGUGAGAUCUGUCAUUUUUAGCUUUUAAUUGACAUUCAAACAAUUGUGAAAGAAUUAAAAUUUCUUGGAAACUUC